AUGACUAGCUCGACAUGGCGAAUGCAUCACUAUCGUCAAAUUUCUACUAAACGAAAACGCCGUACGAUAAAACAAACUCGUAAUAAAAAUAAAGGACUUCGUCUUCUUCGUCAUCCAACAUGGACUAAUUUUAUUGAUUAUGGAAAAUAUUUCUAUUUUAAAACACCUCUUGGUCGUCUUCUCUUUAUAUUUCAAAGUCUUGGUUUAGUUCAUAUAUUUUUCAUUUCUCAAACUUACUGGCCAAAAUAUAUGCAAUGGUUACAUAAUUCUACAACAUCACUGGUAGAUGAAUUUUAG